AUGAGAAUCAGUGCGCUUCUUCCGGUCUUUGCUGCCCUUACCGCAGUAGCCAACGCUGCUGCCCUUGCGAGGGGUGUUUAUACCAUCCAUAGCGAGGGAGACGGCAAAAGGCCAAUCGGCCGCUCCUACAGAGAAGACCGGUCGCUCCUCCCUAAAAGGGUCUUGGUUCUCGCUGAAGAUGAAGAUGAAGCACCAACGUGGGAUAUUGACAUCCUGCCGAACGGCCAAUAUCGCUUGAGGGCUAGAGGUGCCCCAGUUGGAGAUAUCGACAGCCGCCUAUUCGCAUGUCUUAUCCCAGAUCGCUGCGAAGGCAGCUUGGAUUGGGUUAUUACACCUGCGUUCCAACGUGGCCCUAAUGUCUUCAUGGUGGAGAAGCCUAAUCGCUCAGCGGGGUGGGUCGUCCCUAGAGACAACUCAGACGGGCUCAACAAGCAGGUCGAGGUCCGUCCGUUAAUAAAUGGGCCACAUGGGCCUCCCGAACAGCUUUUUACGUUUACUCCGCUCGAGUAG